AUGACUGAACACGCCAUCGAGGAGCGCGCCAGGGCACACCUGCCGACCGAUGUACCCAUCUACGCCUCGCUCUCCGUCAAGCGGUACGCCGUACAAAGCCCCCCACCGUCAACCUGGGUCCAUGCCUGUCACCACCUGGUCGGGCUCGUCUCGCAGGAGACCGACGACUGGUUCUUGCAAAAUUGGCCGUUCCCAAACGACAAGGCGCGGCACAAGUUCGUCGCGGCCGGGUACUCACAGUUGACUUGCUUGUACUACCCGCUCGCCAGGGAUGACCGCAUCCAUUUCGCGUGUCGGUUGCUAGCAAUUCUGUUCUUGCUUGAUGAUUUGCUAGAGGACAUGUCCUUUGACGAAGGCGAGAAGUAUAAUGCCACGCUGAUCCUCAUCGCUCGCGGCGACGUAUUGCCAAACCGGGCCGUGCCUGCUGAGUAUAUGUUUUACGACCUGUGGGAGAGCAUGCGUACACAUGAUAAGGAUCUCGCCAACGAAGUCCUUGAGCCGACGUUUGUGUUCAUGAGGGCACAGACCGACCGAUCUCGCAAGGAAAUCAGUGAGCUGGGCCAGUAUCUCGAGUACCGCGAGAGGGAUGUUGGUAAAGCCCUUCUUUCGGCGCUGAUGCGCUUCGUAAUGGGCCUGCACCUCACUGUGGACGACAUUGAGGAGGUCAAACUCGUGGAGCGCAACUGCGCCAAGCAUAUCUCGGUCGUGAACGACAUCUUCAGUUGGGAGAAGGAACUGAGGCAGUCGGAGAAGAGCAGCCAAGACGGGUCCGUACUGUGCUCAGCUGUCAAGGUGCUGGCUGACAGCACGUCACUGGGCGCCGAGGCGUCCAAAACGUGCCUGUGGACCAUGGUGCGCGAGUGGGAAGUGAAGCAUGAGGUGUUAUGCGCAGAGCUGUGCAUGGAUGCCGGGAUGGCAUCCGAGCUUAAAGUGUUGUACCUCAAGGGACUAGAGUAUCAGAUGAGCGGAAACGAAUACUGGAGUCGGACAACGCCAAGGUAUUGGAUUGUGGAUUAA